UAGCUGAUAUAAAACAAAAAAUAGUACAUUGAUAUCAUUUAGUUUGCUGACAAAAGCUCGGAUACAAAAUUGGUUAUUUGCUAAGAUGACAAAAUGGAGGCUGGUAGAGGCUCUUUAAGGUAAAUUUGUUGAUUAAUUAGUGUAGCAAUUUAAACAAAGUUUUGUUUGAGCUUUCGUUUGACAUGUAUUACUUCUCCGGGGGUCUCAAUUCGGUUCAAUGCGCACACGGAACUUCGAGCAAGGUAUCUCAAUGUCUCAAACGAGAAAAAGCGAAAAACGACAUAGCCUCACUGGGGCUUUUAAGUCUAUGAAAGUUUUAAACUCUGGAGAAGACAGACGGCUGUCAAACUCUUUGGAAAAGUAUCAAAAAGAAUGCGAAAAAAAGCUGCGGCAUUUAACAAAGGAGCAGACGCGUUUGGUUUCGUUACAGGGAGGACGAAGAAGAUCAAUGUCGGAUUCUAUGUUCAAAUCCAAUCCAAACCCAAACGUUUCCUGGAGUCGUCACGUCCAAGAUUUUCCCAGGGCAAGGGAAGGCACGAGAGAAUUUGCGUCAUGGACACAGCAUCAUAAUCUAAUGACAUUUCCUAAGCUUACAAUUUCACCGCCAAAAAGAGAAAACAAAAUUUCAUCAGAGAAAGAUGUGAUAACGCCGCGACAACCAAGAAAAAAUCCCGAAAAAAUAUCAUCCUCAGUUCUGGACUCGCAAACUCGUGAGCGUUUUGUAGGUAUGCGAAAACAGACUGACCAAGACCUUGUGCCAAUAUUGUUUCCCCGGGCCACCCCCCACGGGAGGCAAGCGAGCGUGGCUCCGAAUAAUAAUUUUGAUUCAAAGACACCAAGAGUAGCGAUGGAUAAGUGGAGAAUCGCUCGCAGAAGGCUUCAAAGCUGUCCUAACAUCGCAGCCUGGCGAGAAAAACAUAAGGAUGAAAGGACUCAGUUAGAGAGGGAAAUAGAUGAGGUUAAGAACUGUCGAUAUCUGCGCCUGCCAUCAGACAGCGGGGGCGAAAUUCGCGAAGAGGAAAAUUGAAAGAUGUAGGCAUGCGAAGUCGUAGGUAUGGCAUGGAAGAAGCAAAGUAUUUGAUUCCUGAGAAAUGACCCGCGCGCCUGAAAAAUAUCGAUGUAUAGUAAAGGAAUCACUUCUUUAUUUCAUUAAAGUGUUUCUGUAGC